UGCGCGCCCGCUGGGAGGCCCGGGCCGGAGCCGCUUCCCUCAGCGCGGAAGGUCGGCGGGAGGCGGGCGGGGCGCCGCGGGCAGCGGCACCGGUACCGGCACCGGCACGGGGAGGGGGUCGCUCCGUCCUCCCUCCCCUCCCCCUUCCCUCCGAUGUACCGGGGUGCCGCUGGCUCUUGCGCGCUGAUUGGCUGAGGAGAGAGGGGAGAGACCUGCGUCAGACCGCUGGAGCUGACGCCACGGGGGGUUUGUUGAGACUGAGCAGGGAGAAAGGUCACCAUGAAGAACCAAGGCGGGGAGACCAAAGCAGCCCCGCGGCCUGCUAGCUCUUCCAAAAUGAGCAGCGGUCUGGCGCUGGAGGAAGGCGACUCGCCAGAGGCCACAGCACCCCAGGAAGGUGGGGAGUCCCCAGGGCCUGGGGCGCGCCGCUCCCUGCCUGCGGCUGAUGGCAGCGCUGACAGCCUGAGCAGCGAGGGGCAGGAAACACGUGAGGCUCCUCUUGCACAGGAGGACACCAAGUCCUCCCAGCCUGCCAUACGUGACGUCUCUGAAGAGCUAAGCAGACAGCUUGAGGACAUCUUGAACACAUACUGUGUGGAUGCCAGCCAGGAGGGUCCGGGCGAGGACGGCGGGCAGAGUGAGCCCACGGAGCCGGAAGAAGCCGAGAAGUGUCGUAGCGAGUCCCCUAGGAACGGUGACCAGGAGACGGGCGGCCCCGAGAUGAAUGGGGAGAAGGAAAGCACGAAGGGGACUGAAGAGUUUCGACCCGGCGAGGAGUGUGGGGAGCGGGAUCAAAAGAAGGCUCAGGAAAAGAAGAAAGCCAAGGGCCUAGGUAAAGAAAUCACUUUGCUGAUGCAGACACUGAACACCCUGAGCACGCCAGAGGAGAAACUAGCAGCACUGUGCAAGAAAUACGCUGAGCUGCUGGAAGAGCACCGUAACUCCCAGAAACAAAUGAAGAUCUUGCAGAAGAAGCAGACGCAGCUGGUGCAAGAGAAGGACCACUUGCAGAGUGAGCACAGCAAGGCCAUCCUGGCCCGCAGCAAGCUGGAGAGCCUGUGCCGCGAGCUCCAGAGACACAACCGCACCCUCAAGGAGGAGGGUGUCCAACGUGCACGGGAGGAAGAAGAGAAGCGGAAGGAGGUGACAUCCCACUUCCAGGUGACACUGAACGACAUCCAGCUCCAGAUGGAGCAGCACAACGAGAGGAACUCCAAGCUGCGCCAGGAGAACAUGGAGCUGGCAGAGCGGCUCAAGAAGCUCAUUGAGCAGUACGAGCUGCGGGAGGAGCACAUCGAUAAGGUUUUCAAACACAAAGACCUGCAGCAGCAGCUGGUGGACGCCAAGCUCCAGCAGGCGCAGGAAAUGCUGAAGGAGGCAGAGGAGAGACACCAGCGGGAGAAGGACUUUCUGCUGAAGGAAGCUGUGGAAUCGCAGAGGAUGUGUGAGCUGAUGAAGCAGCAGGAGACCCAUCUCAAGCAGCAGCUGGCUCUCUACACAGAGAAGUUUGAAGAAUUCCAGAACACCCUUUCCAAAAGCAGUGAAGUGUUCACGACAUUUAAGCAGGAGAUGGAGAAGAUGACUAAGAAAAUUAAGAAGCUGGAGAAAGAGACCACUAUGUACCGCUCUCGCUGGGAGAGCAGCAACAAGGCUCUCUUGGAAAUGGCUGAAGAGAAAACCCUCCGGGACAAAGAGUUAGAGGGGCUUCAGGUGAAAAUCCAGCGCUUGGAGAAACUGUGCCGAGCCCUGCAAACGGAGCGCAACGACCUCAAUAAGAAGGUGCAGGACCUGUGUGCCCACGCGCCCCGGGCAGACACGGACCUGUUGGAGCCUUUGAAGGACCCAUCUCGGGACAGCUCCGAGGCGGCGGCAGGAGGUGCUCCAGCCGAGCAGCGCCUGGCUGAGGAUUGCCUUCACUCGGGAAAGCCGACGCACAGCACGGAUCCUGCGGAGAGCCUGGGAGAACUGAGCAUAGGAGCCUUGGGGCAGAGUGGGACUGAGGAACGCACUCAGGGCGCCGACUGAGCCCGUUGUGCGGUAGGCAGAGGUAGGGCGAGGGAGGGUAACAUGAAUGUUUCCGUAGACUCGACCUGAUGCCCCUCUCCUGGUCCUUGGACAGGCGUGAGAGGACAGCCCUCCUGGGAAUUUGAGAUUUCCUAGCUUAGGUUUUUGGAGGGUUUUUAAAAUUUUAUAUAUAUAUAUGAUAUAUAUAUAUGAUAUAUAAAAUAUGUGCAGGGCAACGUACACUUUAUAUAUGGAUAUACAUGAAAACUAGAAUGGCCCACCUCCCUGCGUGUGCGUGAAUAACUAAUAUAUGGAGACUCAACUGAUCGUCCCUUUCACUAAAAGACCUUGUCAUUGGCAGGCUGCGAUUCCCCUAAAAUCUAGCGCAGCUCAGGAAAGCAGGUGCGUGGAUCUGCCCCAGCACGCGGCGCUGGGACAGCUGGAUGCGUCGCCGCCUCCACCUUCACAGCGACGCUCUCGCAUCGAGUGAAAGCAAAGGAGCUGAGCAGGGGAGAACUGAAGCGUUUCCCAGUGCUGGAUUCUCCCUUCCUCUUCUGCCUCAGGCAGGAGUGAGCUCCGGGACUUGCUCUUGUUUUCUCGUGCCCUGGCUGGCAGCUCUCUCGUGGGUGAGCUGAGCAAACGAGGGCGAAAGAGGCUGUUGCCCCUGCUCUGUCUGGGUUUUGUGUAUUGAACAGGGACAAAAAGAAGCAGAGAAACUGGGGGUGCCUGUUUCACCCAGGCCUCCCAUGGGGCCUUUGCUCUUCCCAGAACCUGCCAAUGUCUCAAUAGCCUUAUGAUUCACAGUUGCCUCUUUGCUAUACGCACAUGUGCACAAGUGUAUUAAACAGUUAAUCCAAAGGUCUAAUUCCCAAGUGUUUUGCACAAGCGUGUCUGAUCAGUUGUGCAAGGGGACAGGGAGGUUCCACCUGAGCUCCUCUGUCCCUGCGUCAGGACCUCCCUGGCCCAUCCCUUGGUGCCAAGCGGGCGGUCUCGGAGGUGUCCACGGAGCUGGGGCUCCAGGAGGAUAAAACCUACGUCUGCUCCACGACCUGCUGCUUAAGCUGAAUUGACAGGACCAGCAUGAGGACCGUGUUGCGGGCUGGUCCCUUCUGCAGUGUCAGACCCCCGUGGGCCCUCCAGUCCAGCCGUGCUGGUGCUAUCACAGCCCCUGCCUUUCUCCUUUCCCUCUCUGCUUUCUUGGAAGACCAUCUCCCAAGCGCCGCCAUGUCUGGCUGGGUCCCUGCGGCCUCUGCCCACAGGGUGAAGUGCUCACCCGAAGGACCCUGUUGUGCUGGGAGGGUGUUUAUGGACAGACGUGGGGCCUGCUGGCACGGGGCUAGGGGAUUUCUCCUUAGUUUCUCAAGACUUUCUCGCUAUUCUUUUGGGAGACCUCUACUUGCUUGGAAACCUCCUUGCUGCGGCUUCUCUUUAUGACAGACUAUUUUCAGCAUUGCCUUCCUUUCGCUUGAAGCUGAAGCGAGCUGGCCGGAGCCGUUCCUCGCAGUGGAUGUGUUCAGCGGAACAGCUUUGGUUUCUCUUCCGGCAACGCAGCUGCUCUUGCAUCUUCUCUCCACCGUUGUACAGUGCCCUCGCCAAGGACCUGCCACGCUGCUGGGGGAGCAGCCUGCAGGAGCUGCCUCCGCAUCCCCCUUUCCUCCAUGGGGACUCCAGCGAGUUCAGGUCUAACGAAGGUGGCUGGCUGCAGCAGAGACGGGGUCUAACGAGUCUCCGCAGAGCCACAGUCUUGAACACCCGCUGGGACGUGUUCCCUGGAGCUGAGCGUGGUUUUGUCUUCCGGCCCCUCGCUGUCAACGUUGCUUCCUCCAGCGCAAGGGACACGUUUGCCUCUGGAAGGAGCCGGCAGGAGCCCCUGAGCAAGCGAAUGUAGCUCUGGCCUGGUGGGACCACCCCGUUCCCAGCAGCCAGGUUGAGCGAGGGCUGCAGCCGGGCUCUGAACUUCUCUUCCCACUCUUUCAGUAAAAGAAAAACCUCUUAGAAAAUCCCCCCCCCCCUUUUUUUUUUCCCCUGUUAUGGUACAGAUAACCUCUGCGGGGGCUAUUGUAUGUCUCUUCGUAUCCAAUAGAAAUGCACCCAACCUCGCU